AUGCCCACAACGCAAGCGCGCAUUCACCCCCUCACCACCAGCUGGCACUGGAAAGAGCGCGACACCGCGCUCCCGUCCGUCAGUUCCGAACUCGACUUCGCGGGGCAGCAGUGGUCGCCCGCGAAGACGUUUCCGUCAGAAAUCCACGCGGAACUGCUCAAGGUGGGGAGAAUACCUGACCCGUUUGUAGGGUUCAACGAGCAUCGGGUGCAAUGGGUUGGUGAGCGCGAGUGGCUUUAUUACACCACAUUCGACUACGCGGGCGCAAAGGAUGCAAACGCGGAAUUGGUCUUCGAGGGCCUCGAUACGAUCUGCGACGUCUACCUUAACGGUACGCGCAUCCUCUCCGCGGACAACAUGUUCCGCACAUACACUGUCCCGCUGGACCCCGCGCGUCUCAAGGACUCAGGCAACACGCUCCUCCUGCACUUCCAGUCCGCAGCGCGCGUCGCGAAGGCGCUCGAAGCGCGCUAUGGGCGCGUGCGCGCAGGAUCGGCGAACCUUGGUGAUCCAAGCCGGGUGUAUGUGCGGAAGGCGCAGUAUGGCUGGCGAUGGGACUGGGGCCCCGAGCUGAUGACUUGCGGCCCAUACCGUCCCAUCAGCCUCAUCACCUAUACCACGCGCCUGGCUGCGCUCCAUACGCGCGCACACGUCUCCCCUUUCCCCGCUCUCUCGCCCUCUCUCAAGCUUGAUCUCACGCUUUCAGGCUCCACCGCCUCAGUAUCCGCUGUGCGCGUCAUCCUGACCGAUUUUGCCACAGGCGAGCCGAUCAAGGAAGAGACGGUCACUCUCGGCGAACUGGCGGAUGCAGAGAGGAGGGAUGUUGUACAGUGGGACCUCGCAGGGCUCGUGCACCUCUGGUGGCCUGUGGCGUAUGGCUCGCAGACGCUGUACACUGUCGAGGCCGCGCUUCUCGCGGUCGACGGCACAGUGCUGGAUGUGAGGGUUCAGCGUGUGGGGUUCCGGAGGGUCGAGCUCGUGCAGGAGCCGUUGGCAGUGGCGGACCGGUACGGGAAGGGUACAACGUUCUUGUUUGAGGUGAAUGGGGUGCGCAUCUUUAUGGGCGGCUCGAACUGGGUGCCGGCGCACAGCAUUCAGACGGAGCUGACGCCGGAGAAGUAUCGCGCAUGGCUCACACUGAUGCGCGACGGGAACCAGAACAUGGUCCGCCUCUGGGGUGGGGGCGUGUACGAGCCCGAUGUGUUCUACGAUAUUUGUGAUGAACUCGGCUUGCUGGUAUGGCAGGAUUUCCAGUUCGCAUGCGGAGUGUACCCCGCGCACGACGAGUUUGUAGCGAACGUCAAAGCGGAAGCGGAGGAUAACGUCAAGCGGCUCCGGCACCACCCCGCUAUGGCGCUGUUCUGCGGGAACAACGAGGACUACCAGCAGGUACUCCAGUGGGGAGGAAUCGGUGAGCUUCCCGCGCGUCUCAUCUACGAAUCUGUGCUCCCCGCGGUAGUGGAGAAGCUCACUGACCCGCCGAUCCCCUACCAUCGCGGGUCGCCGUAUGGCGGUAAAGACUGGGACACAGCGGACCCGACAGUUGGCGACGUCCACCAGUGGAACGUGUGGGCUGGCGCGGAGCGGCCCUGGCAGGAAUACGGCGAUAUGAGUGGGCGAUUCAUCAGCGAGUUUGGGAUCCCAUCGAUGCCGGACUUGCGCACAGUCGAUUAUUGGCUCGACGGGAAUAUCCAGGAGCGUUGGGCGCAGUCGAAGCUCAUGGCGCAGCAUAACCGCGCAGGGAACCACGAGCGCCGCUUUGCGAUUUUGAUGAAUGAGAACUUCAGGUUGACGGGCGACCUAGAGACCCAUGUAUAUAAUACUCAAAUCAUGCAGUCUGAAAGUGUCAGUUUUGCGUAUCGGAUGUGGAGGCGGGAGUGGAGAGGUAAGGGGAAAGAAUAUACCGCCGGAGCUUUGGUCUGGCAGCUGAACGACUGCUGGCCCGUGACAUCGUGGGCCAUUGUGGACUUCUUCCUUCGUACAAAACCAGUCUACUACACGAUCGCCCGCGAAUUAGCACCACUGAGCGUCGGAAUAUUCCGAACUGUAAUGAAAAACCGAUAUAACGACAGACCAAAACAAUUCUAUGAAUUCGGUGCAUUUCUCGCAACCGAGGCCCACAUCGAAGUAUGGGCAAAUAGCGCCCUGCUCCAGCCCCGCAAAGUCAAUGUUGUGCUUAAAUCCUUCGACCUCCUCUCUGACUGGACGCACGAGCAGACCACUGAGGCGGUCCUCCUGCCGAACCAGUCCACAGAGCUCCUGUACAUUCCAUGUCCGAGUCCGCCAGUGUCGGAGUCGGCCGGGCCCCUCGUGACGCCCUCGUACUCUGUCGUGGUCGGCGCGCGGCUGGUAGACCCAACCUCGGGCGAGGUGCUUGCACGUUAUGCGGACUGGCCGCAGCCGUACAGACACACGGACUACUCCGAUCCUGGACUACAGAUUGCCAUUGAUGGGGAGAAGAUCGUGAUUACUGUGGACAAACCUGUGAAAGCUCUUGUCUUGAGCAGCGAUGACGACGGAAAGCGUGAAGAGGUAAAAUGGAGUGAUAAUGCACUCGACAUCCUGCCUGGGCAGCCGCAGACUGUGCUGGCUACAGGCCUGAAUGGACGAGCACUGAAGGUGGCAUACAUGGGUAAGGAACGAGCGAUGAGGAUAUGA